CGAUACUAGUUUAUACGACCUAAUUAUAAAGCCGUAUUUUAUUCCAGUUUCAGCGCAUUUCUAGAAGCUAUAUAUCGUAUAAGGCCAUAGUAGUACAAUAUGACCAACUUCAGCAUCAAGAUAGUAUCAGACACCGUCUGUCCAUGGUGCUAUGUCGGCAAGAAGCGUCUAGAUCGGGCCAUCGACCUCUACCGGAAGACGUAUCCCGACGGCAAGGAUGACACCUUCACAAUCUCGUGGUUCCCAUUCUAUUUGGACCCGACGUCGCCGAAGAAGGGCGUUCCGCUCGUCGAGCGCAUGGUCCAGCGUUUCGGCGCCGACAGGUUGGAAGCCAUGCAAAAGCGCCUGGAGCUGAUAGGACGCGAAGAGGGUAUCAACUUCACCUUCAAGGGCAAAAUUGGAAAUACGCGCGACUCGCAUCGUCUGAUCCAGCUCGGCAAGACGAAGGGCAAUGACGUCGAGAGCCGUGUUGUGCUGGAGCUGUUCAAAACGUACUUCGAGGGCGAGGGCGACAUCACCUCGCACGAUACGUUGAUCGAUGCCGCCGAGAAGGCCGGAUUGGACAAGACCGAGGCGAAGGACUGGCUUAGCAGCGAUAAGGGCGGAAAGGAGGUCGACGAGGAGGUCCAACAGGCAUAUGCCAAGGACAUACAUGGCGUACCGCACUUUACCAUUCAGGACAAGUAUGUAAUUGGCGGAGCAGAGGAUCCCCAGACCUUCCUGGAAGCGUUCGCGAGGGCAAAGAAGGGCAAUUGAGAGGGUGCAGGGCCCGUUGGUCGUGAUUAUCGUAGGGUUUGGUAGAUGGCGUU